AUGGGUAAAAAUACAAUAAUUUUCUCAAUUUUCCCAUUUCUAAUAUGUAUGAUAGUAAUGGUAGCACAAGCUGAAGAUCCAUACUUGUUCUACGAUUGGAAAGUUACAUAUGGUACACAAUCUCCCUUAGGCGCUCCUCAACAAGUUAUCCUUAUUAAUGGGCAAUUUCCUGGACCCAACUUGAACACCACUACCAACAACAACAUUGUACUUAAUGUUUUUAACCAACUCGACGAGCCAUUGUUGUUCACAUGGGUUGGAAUCCAACAAAGAAAGAACUCAUGGCAAGAUGGUACACCAGGUACAAUGUGCCCUAUCCCACCAGGCACAAACUACACAUAUCGUUUCCAAGUGAAGGAUCAAAUUGGUUCCUUCUUUUACUACCCAACCACCGGCUUCCUCAAGGCCGCCGGUGGGUUCGGUGGCCUACGAGUAAACAGCCGUCUUCUCAUACCGGUUCCUUACCCGGAUCCGGAGGACGAUUACACGGUACUCAUUGGUGAUUGGUACAAACAAAGCCACACAGCUCUUAGAAAGGUCUUGGAUAGUGGUAAGUCUCUAGGCAGGCCAGAUGGUGUGCUUAUGAAUGGUAAGCAAGGCAAAGUGGGUGAUGCAAAGGAGGAGCCUCUUUUUACUAUGAAGCCAGGAAAAACAUACAAAUAUAGAAUUUGCAAUGUUGGAUUGAAAAAUACUCUUAACUUUAGAAUUCAAGGCCAUAAAAUUAAGCUUGUUGAAGUUGAAGGAUCACAUACUGUUCAAAAUUCUUACGACUCUCUUGAUGUUCAUCUUGGUCAAUGCUAUGCUGUUCUUGUCACUGCUGAUCAAGAUCCCAAAGACUACUACAUGGUUGCAUCUGUCAGGUUCACCAAGUACCACCUCCAAGCCACAGGAAAAAUCCGUUACGAAAACGGUAAAGGACCAGCCUCCAACAUCCUUCCAGAGGCACCCACUGGAUGGGCUUGGUCUUUGAACCAAUUCCGAUCCUUCCGGUGGAACCUAACCGCGAGUGCGGCUAGGCCUAACCCUCAAGGAUCCUACCAUUAUGGUCAAAUCAACAUUACUCGCACGGUUAAGUUAGCCACUACAGCUAAUACAGUCGAUGGGAAACUUAGAUAUGCUGUAAAUGGUGUCUCCCACACUGACCCUGAAACACCAAUGAAGCUCGCCGAGUACUACGAAGCCCCGGCUAAGGUGUUCAAGUACGAUCCUAUAGGCGACGAACCACCAGCUAACAUUGAAAAGCUUGAUAAGAUCACCAUUGCACCCAUUGUGCUCAACUUCAAACAUAGGGACUUUAUUGAGGUCAUCUUUGAGAACCAUGAGAAGAGUGUUCAGUCUUUUCGCUUGGCAGGAUACGCCUUCUUCCCCGUUGCGAUUGAAGUAGGGACAUGGAGCCCAGCAAAGAGGAAGAACUACAAUCUAAUGGAUGCAAUAAGCAAGUACAACAUACAAGUAUAUCCAAAAUCAUGGGCAGCCAUAUUAUUGACAUUUGACAAUGUAGGAAUGUGGAACGUAAGGAAUGAGUGCAUGGAAAGGGCAUAUUUAGGGCAACAACUUUACAUUAGUGUUCCUACACCUGAACGUGUGCUUAGAGAUGAAUAUAACCUCCCUGAUAAUGCUCUUCUUUGUGGCAUGGUUAAAAACAUGCCUAAACCUAAACCUUACACAUUAUAA